GGUAAGCCGCUCCUCCCGCGCCCCCGCCCCCAGCCCCGCGCGGCGAUCCCCGGCGCCGACGCCAGGCGCUGGCCGUGGUGCUGAUUCUGUCAGGCGCUGGCGGCGGCGGCGGCCCCGCUGCUCUCCCGGGGACCGACUCUGCCCCCCACCCGCGCCCACGCCUCUCCGAGUCCCCAGUGCCCCUGCCGCGGCCCCGACCCGGGGCGCGGCCGCAAGCAGCACCAUGCGCCCAGCAUCCCUGCUGCUCCUGCCCUCUCUGUUGGCGCUCCUGGCUCACGGACUCUCCUCAGAGGCUCCCAUCGUGGGGGAAGGUCAGGCCACAGGCAUCAAGGAGAUGGAUGGGGAGCUGACCGCAGCCCCAACACCUGAGCAGCCAGACCGAGGCGUCCACUUCGUUACCACAGCUCCCACCCUCAAACUGCUCAACCACCACCCACUUCUGGAGGAAUUCCUUCAAGAGGGAAUAGAAAGGACUGAAGGAGCCCUGAGGCCGGCACUGCCCUUCCAGCCCGAAUCACCUACACCCUCCACUCCAAGCCCCCUCCCGCGCCUGGCCAACCAGGACAACCGCCCGGUUUUUACCAGUCCGACGCCCGCUGUGGCUGCAGUACCCACUCAGCCCCACUCCAGGGAGAAGCCCUGGAACCCAGAGUCGGAGUCCCCUGAGCUUCCCAUAACAUCCCCUCUACCUCCAGGGCCUAGUAUGGCAGUGCCCACCCUGCACCCAGAGGACAGACCCAGUACGACACCCACCAGCCGGACAUGGACUCCGACCCAGGAGGGUCCUGGAGACAUGGGCAGACCUUGGGUUCCAGAGGUCAUGUCUCAGACCACAGGGCUUGGUAUCGAGGGGACCAUUGCCACUUCCACGGCUUCAGGGGAUGACGAAGAGACCACCACCACCAUCAUUACCACUACCAUCACCACAGUGCAGUCACCAGGCCCCUGUAGCUGGAAUUUCUCAGGCCCAGAGGGCUCUCUGGAUUCCCCCCCGGCCCCCAGCUCACCCUCUGAUGUUGGCCUGGACUGUUUCUACUACAUCUCUGUCUAUCCUGGCUAUGGAGUGGAGAUCAAGGUGGAGAACAUCAGCCUUCAGGAAGGGGACACCAUCACUGUGGAGGGCCUGGGGGGGCCUGACCCAUUGCCCCUGGCUAACCAGUCUUUCCUGCUGCGGGGCCAGGUCAUCCGUAGCCCCACUCACCAAGCAGCCCUGAGGUUCCAAAGCCUUCCACUACCUGUUGGCCAUGGCACUUUCCAUUUCCACUACCAAGCCUAUCUCCUGAGCUGCCACUUUCCCCGACGUCCAGCUUAUGGAGAUGUGACUGUCACCAGCCUCCACCCAGGAGGCAGUGCCCGCUACCACUGUGCCACUGGCUACCAGCUGAAGGGUGCCAGGUUCCUCACCUGUCUCAAUGCCACCCAGCCCUUUUGGGACUCCCAAGAGCCUGUCUGCAUUGCUGCAUGUGGCGGAGUGAUUCGAAAUGCCACCACUGGCCGCAUUGUCUCUCCCGGCUUCCCGGGCAACUACAGCAACAACCUCACCUGCCACUGGUUGCUGGAGGCUCCUGAGAGCCAGCGGCUGCACCUGCACUUUGAAAAGGUCUCCCUGGCGGAAGAUGACGAUAGGCUCAUCAUCCGCAAUGGGAACAACGUGGAGGCCCCACCGGUGUACGAUUCCUACGAGGUGGAAUACCUGCCCAUUGAGGGCCUGCUCAGCUCUGGCAGACACUUCUUUGUGGAGUUUAGUACUGAUAGCAGCGGGGCAGCUGCAGGCGUGGCCCUGCGCUAUGAGGCCUUUCAGCAGGGCCACUGCUAUGAGCCCUUUGUCAAAUACGGCAACUUCAGCAGCAGCGCACCCUCCUACCCUGUGGGUACCACUGUGGAGUUCAGCUGUGACCCUGGCUACACCCUAGAGCAGGGCUCCAUCAUCAUCGAGUGUGUGGACCUCCAUGACCCCCAAUGGAACGAGACAGAGCCAGCCUGCCGAGCUGUGUGCAGCGGGGAGAUCACGGACUCUGCAGGUGUGGUGCUCUCUCCAAACUGGCCAGAGCCGUAUGGCCGCGGGCAGGACUGCAUCUGGGGUGUGCACGUGGAGGAGGACAAGCGCAUCAUGCUGGACAUCCGAGUGCUGCGCAUAGGCUCUGGGGAUGUACUGACCUUCUACGAUGGGGAUGACCUGACAGCCCGGGUUCUGGGCCAAUACUCAGGGCCCCGUGGCCACUUCAAGCUCUUUACCUCCAUGGCUGAUGUCACCAUCCAGUUCCAGUCAGACCCUGGGACCUCAGCGCUAGGCUACCAGCAGGGAUUUGUCAUCCACUUCUUUGAGGUGCCCCGAAAUGACACAUGCCCCGAGUUACCUGAGAUCCCCAAUGGCUGGAAGAGCCCGUCACAGCCUGAGCUGGUACAUGGCACAGUGGUCACCUACCAGUGCUACCCUGGCUACCAGGUGGUGGGAUCCAGUAUUCUCAUGUGCCAGUGGGACCUGAGCUGGAGUGAGGACCUGCCCUCAUGCCAGAGGGUGACAUCCUGCCAUGACCCAGGGGAUGUGGAACACAGCCGACGCCUCAUAUCCAGCCCCAAGUUUCCUGUGGGGGCAACUGUGCAGUACAUCUGUGAGCAGGGUUUUGUGCUGACGGGGAGUGCCGUCCUCACCUGCCACGAUCGUCAGGCUGGCAGCCCCAAGUGGAGUGACAGGGCCCCCAAAUGUCUCUUGGAGCAGUUCAAGCCAUGCCAUGGCCUCAGAGCCCCUGAGAAUGGUGCCCGCAGUCCUGAGAAGCGGCUUCACCCAGCAGGGGCCACCAUCCACUUCUCCUGUGCCCCUGGCUAUGUGCUGAAGGGCCAGGCCAGCAUCAAAUGUGUACCUGGACACCCCUCGCACUGGAGUGACCCCCCACCCAUCUGUAGGGCUGCCUCUCUGGAUGGGUUCUACAACAGCCGUAGCCUGGAUGUGGCCAAGGCACCUGCUACCUCCACUGCCCUGGAUGCUGCCCACAUGGCAGCUGCCAUCUUCCUACCACUGGUAGCCAUGGUGCUGCUGGUGGGAGGUGUGUACCUCUACUUCUCCAGGCUCCAGGGGAAAAGUCCCCUGCAACUUCCCCGAACUCACCCUCGCCCCUAUAACCGCAUCACGGUGGAGUCAGCAUUUGACAACCCAACCUAUGAGACUGGAGAGACGAGAGAAUAUGAAGUUUCCAUCUAGGUGGGAGCCACCCGGGGA